GCCCGUGCGUCUCUGCGCGCUGGAGCGCGGCGGCAGUCACGCCGCGGGGCGCACAGACGGACGGACGGACGGACGCGCAGCCGGCCCCGCCAGGGCCAUGGCGGAAAGCGCUCCUCGCCGCUGCUGCCUGGGCUGGGACUUCAGCACGCAGCAGGUGAAGGUUGUUGCUGUUGAUGCUGAGAUGAAUGUCUUCUAUGAGGAAAGUGUGCAUUUUGACAGAGACCUUCCAGAAUUUGGGACUCGGGGUGGUGUUCAUGUGCACAAGGAUGGGCUGACGGUCACUUCUCCAGUCCUAAUGUGGGUCCAGGCACUGGAUGUCAUCUUGGAGAAGAUGAAGGCUUCGGGCUUUGACUUCUCUCAAGUCCUAGCUUUGUCCGGGGCAGGCCAGCAACACGGAAGUAUAUACUGGCAGGCUGGAGCCCAGCAGGCACUGAGAAGCCUCUCACCAGACCUCCCGCUACACCAGCAGCUGCAGGCCUGUUUCUCCAUCAGUGACUGCCCGGUGUGGAUGGACUCCAGCACCACAGCCCAGUGCCGCCAGCUGGAGGCUGCUGUGGGUGGGGCUCAGGCUCUCAGCUGCCUCACAGGCUCCCGCGCCUACGAGCGUUUUACAGGAAACCAAAUUGCAAAAAUUUACCAGCAGAACCCCAAGGCCUACUCACACACAGAGAGAAUUUCUUUGGUCAGUAGCUUUGCCGCUUCCCUGUUCCUUGGCUCUUACUCCCCUAUUGACUACAGCGAUGGUUCUGGAAUGAAUUUGUUGCAGAUACAGGAUAAAGUCUGGUCCCAGGCUUGCCUUGGCUCCUGUGCACCUCAUUUAGAGGAGAAGCUUGGCCAACCAGUACCAUCAUGCUCAGUUGUGGGAGCCAUUUCUUCCUACUACGUCCAGCGCUAUGGAUUUCCUCCAGGAUGCAAAGUGGUGGCCUUCACUGGGGACAACCCAGCGUCGCUGGCAGGCAUGAGACUGGAGGAAGGCGACAUUGCGGUCAGCCUGGGCACCAGUGACACCCUGUUUCUCUGGCUCCAAGAGCCCAUGCCUGCCCUGGAAGGCCACAUCUUCUGCAACCCGGUUGACCCCCAGCACUACAUGGCACUCCUGUGCUUUAAAAAUGGCUCCCUCAUGAGAGAGAAGAUCCGUGAUGAGUUCGCGUCCUGUUCCUGGAGCGAGUUCUCUAAGGCACUGCAGUCCACAGAGAUGGGCAACGGUGGAAACCUGGGUUUUUAUUUUGAUGUAAUGGAGAUCACCCCUGAAAUUAUUGGACGUCAUAGGUUUAACACAGAAAACCACAAGGUCUCAGCAUUCCCUGGGGAUGUGGAGGUUCGAGCACUGAUUGAAGGACAAUUCAUGGCCAAGAGGAUUCAUGCAGAAGGCCUGGGCUAUCGAGUCAUGUCCAAGACAAAGAUUUUGGCCACAGGAGGAGCAUCUCACAAUAGAGACAUCUUACAGGUGCUUGCAGAUGUGUUUGGUGCCCCAGUGUAUGUUAUAGACACUGCCAACUCGGCCUGCGUGGGUUCUGCAUACCGAGCUUUUCAUGGUCUUGCAGGUGGAACAGAUAUGCCCUUUUCAGAGGUUGUGAAGUUAGCUCCAAAUCCCAGACUGGCUGCUACCCCAAGCCCCGGAGCUUCUCAGGUCUAUGAGGCCCUCCUCCCCAAGUUCGCCAAACUUGAGCAGAGAAUCUUGUCUCAGACCCGGGGGCCUCCAGAGUGAACAGGAAUCCAUCCUUGUUGCCCCUGCCUGCCCAGAUUUACUGACCCCACUUGGAGACAUGGCCUGCACAGCAGGGCUCCCUUCCCUGCUCUGAACAGCUCCUCCUGCCCAUGCUGACUCCUUGGAGUGUCCGGCCUCGGCACAUCUGCCUGAAGAUAGAUAGGCACUUGUGCCCUUGUGUUCCAGGGCAGGAAAGCAUCUCUCUUGUCCUGUCUUUCAUCCCAGGAGACAGGACAACACUGAGACUGGGAUAUGUCCAAUAAAAACCAUGACUUUUCCCCUCGAAGAGGCAGAAUUAAAGCUGAUCCAGGGACUCAAAUCAGCAGACUGGGGGAGACAAAGCCCUCUCUCACUCCCGACCUCAUCCUUUCUCUUUCUCCAACCCUGACUCUCUGCUCACUCCUCCCAAACCAUGACCCACAGCCACCCCCACCCCAUACCUUGAUCCUACUGUCCAUCCUCUCCCCUAAUCCACACCCCACAGCCCCUUCCCUCCCAUGCCCUACCCUCCUCGUUUCAGCUGUCUGAGAUGCCUCCCAGGGCUUCUCUUACCCACCCAUGCUCACCCUCUCCAUGCUUCCCCAUUUUCUCCUUUCAGCAUCUCUUCCUUUUCCCUCCUUCAUCCCUCCCUCCCCACACUCACCUGGCGUAAUUCACUACCUCCCACCCAAACCAUGUACCUGGUGGAUGUGCUUCCUGUGCCCUCCCUUCGCUCUGCCCACAGAUCACUUGAGAGGGGCCAUCUCCCAAGUGGCACAGUUUAGAACUUCUCUCCCUUUUUCUCCCUCACUCCCCAUCUGUCUCUUCUUACAGUCCGCUUAUUGAAGAAAUUGUUAUCAUUUCUCUGGAAGAUUUCUCUUUUAUUUUGGAGUAUUUCAUCAGCUGAAAAGUGAUUCUCACUUUGAGUUUUCAUCCUGUAUUUGUAUCACGAGUUCCUUUUUCCUUUCUCUGAAACUUAUCUGCGGGAUUUUGCCACUCUGGGUGAGACCUGGUGGAUCAAAGCAGUAGCUAGUGAGGAGUUGAAAGGAAGGGGCUUAGAAAUUGAGUGGGACAGAGGCAUCACUUCUGAUGGAGAUGACACCAUCUUGAAAGGGAGUGGUGUCUUUUGGAGGCAUGGUGGAUGAAACAGGGCAAAGGAAGAAAGAGGUUCAAGAUAACAGCCCAUUAGAUACAACAGCGAGCCCAAGAUUCCGAAGAAAACAGACAACUCCCCCUAUUAGCACCUAGACAUUACUUUUUAAAGACAUUUUUCAUUAUUGACCAGGAGAAGAAGGCUGUCUUGGACCGUGAAACAGUAAACUGUAACAAAACACUCCAACAUGAAUUUGAAAAUAAAAUAAUAGUGGAUAUAAAA